CUUUGUCAGAAAAAGCUGCAUUACUCCUAUGUGUUAGAAGUUUUUGUCACUACUUACCUAAACCUUUGUCAAUAUUACACGCCUACUUUUUAUUCCCAAUUAUUUAGGGCGUGAAAAGGAGUCCUUCGAGGCUCAAAGGAUAUAUAACUGUUGAUAUCUCGCCCUCUCAUCAAAAUUGAAUCAGAAAACCAGCACUCUUUCCCCAAGCUCAUACUCAGUAAAGAAGUCUUCACCACGAUACCAGCCAAUCUUCCAGUACUAUCUCACGCUUCAAGAUGCAUUUCUCGACUGCCUCCGUGUUCGCUGCAUUGAUCUCUGCCGCUGCCGCUGCCAAGCAGAUGCAGAUCAACUACUACAGUGACACCAAGUGCAAGUCUUACACUGGCCAGGUUGAUGUCACUUGGGCUCAAAGUGUUUCCGCGGGCAAGAGCAACUGUUACAAUUACCAUUACGGCACGGCUAUGAACCUCGCAGAGUGCCAAGCGGGGGGCUGCUUGUGCAACCUUUACAAAGGAAAGAAUUGCAAUGACUACAUGGAUCAGAUGCGGUACGGAGACGAAUUUGGUUGCCGACCUUGGGCUAACCAGGUCCAAUCUUUUGCAUGCUACUAUGGUGCUUGAAGUGUAUUAGACUGGGUGGUAAUAAUACAAUAGUGAGGCAGUCUGCCAUA